ACACACAUAUAUAUUGCCAGAUGUAUUCCCCGCCCUCCCAAUCAUGUGAUUCAGGUGUUCCAAUCCCCUCCCAAUCAUGUGAUUCAGGCGUUCCAAUCCCCUCCAUAUCAUGUGAUUCAGGUGUUCCAAUCCCCUCCCAAUCAUGUGAUUCAGGUGUUCCAAUCCCCUCCAUAUCAUGUGAUUCAGGUGUUCCAAUCCCCUCCAUCAUGUGAUUCAGGUGUUCCAAUCCCCUCCAUAUCAUGUGAUUCAGGUGUUCCAAUCCCCUCCAUAUCAUGUGAUUCAGGUGUUCCAAUCCCCUCCCAAUCAUGUGAUUCAGGUGUCCCAAUCCCCUCCCAAUCAUGUGAUUCAGGUGUUCCAAUCCCCUCCAUGGACACAGGUGUAUACAAUCAA